AUGGCCCCUCCCAUGGACGACGACUUUGAAUUUGGCGACCUCGCCGAUCUCGACCUCGACGACGACGAAAAGGCCAUGCUCGCCAACGACUACAAGUCUCAGCAAUUUCAACAUCAACAUCAGCCUUCUGUUAAACAUAGCUGGAAUCAGUCCACUAUUGCAUCCAACGGCAACAACAAACAAAACACAUUCUUCCAAUCGAACGGAAACAACACCACUCCUGCCAUCAACAACAACAACAACAACAACAACAACAAUGCGCAACAGCAACUACAGCAGAGGGAUGAGUUUGAGGAUUUCGGAGAUCUGGACGAUGCCGCGUUGUUGUUGGACGACAAGGACUUCAUGGACGAGGACAACACCCCCGCGCCUUCUGCCUCGUCCUCAUCCUCUGCUGUCUCUGUCCGGUCGAACUUCUUUUCUGGAAACAACACAAGGCCUCCACAACAACAGCACCAACAGCAACGUCAAGGCCAAGGUCAACAGCUCUUCAACAAGGCCACACCUCCUCAGGCUCAGACAAAGCCUGCGCAAACGACAAAGUUGUUUUCGAUAUUUGGUGGCGCAACGAAUCAACCCAACCCCACCAACAACAAUAACAGCAACGCCAACGCCAAUGGAUUCAACAAUAACAACAUCCAAGGGUUGGCAAGAGCAGGAUCUGGACCCAUGGCUGGGAACAACAAUGCGUUGUCAUACUUUAACGCCAACAACAAUAAUAAUAACGGCUUCGCGACACUGAGGAAAACAAACACCAAUAACAACAGAAACAACACCGCCAUGAUCCCUCGGUCCGACCCAAACAACGACUUUGCAGAAGACAUCUACAAGAGCCCAGAGAUCCCUAACCAACCCGCCCAGAGACCGACCCACCAUACCAUCGACGACCGGGCGAUCCUCACCUGGCAAUACCCCAUCAACUACCCGAAGCGUGACUACCAGUACAACAUCAUUCGGCGGGCGCUCUACACCAAUACCCUGGUCUCGCUCCCCACAGGGCUCGGAAAGACCUUCAUCGCUGCUGUGGUGAUGCUCAACUACUUUCGGUGGUUUCCCAAAUCCAAGAUCGUCUUCAUGGCACCGACCCGACCCCUUGUCAACCAACAGAUUGAGGCUUGUUUCAACAUCUGCGGAAUCCCCCAGGAAGCUACCGUGGAGCUGACAGGACAGAGCAACCCGGCGCUCAGACAACAGGUCUGGAAGGAUAAACGAGUAUUCUUUUGCACGCCCCAGAUCCUCAACAACGACCUCAAGAGUGGACUUUGCCCCGCGAAGGAUCUAGUUUGUCUGGUGGUCGACGAGGCCCAUCGUGCGACAGGAAACUAUGCGUACUCGCAAGUCGUUCGAGAGCUGGAGCCCAUUAAUCGAGAUGUCCGGAUCUUGGCACUGAGUGCUACCCCUGGAAGUGACAUCCGAGCGGUCCAAAAGGUUGUCACCAACCUCAAGAUUGCCAAGAUCGAGUCACGGACAGAGGAUUCAAUGGACCUGCAGGCGUAUGUGUUCAAGCGCAACAUCGCCGAGAUCGUGGUCCCCUGUGGGAGAGAUAUUAGCGAGAUUCGGGACAAAUUUGCGAGGAUGAUGCGGCCUCAUCUGGAGCGGCUUAUGAAAUAUGGUGUCAUCAGGACUGCUGAUCCUGCGCAGCUAAGCCGGUUUGCUAUUUUGCAGGGGAAGAACGGCUACACGCAGGACAACAGAGGCAACUCGUCCACCAAGAACCUCAUUGUGAGGACCUCUCUCAUCUGCAUGAGUCUGGUCGCUGCCUACGAGCUGCUUGUCAUCUAUGGUAUCUGGCCAUUCUUUGUUAACAUGGACCCAUAUUCUUCGAGGGCCGCUGCAGCAGAUCGGGACGAGGAGGAGGCUACAGGAAGAGGUCGAGGAAGCACCGGCUCCAAGAAGAACAAAAACAACCAAGAUGACGAAGAGGAUGAUGAGAUCAAGGCGUCGUUGGCUCGGAAAGCGAUGGAGGAUAACCCAGAGUUCGUGAGGAUGAUGGAUCAGAUUCGGGUCAAGGUCAGGCAGCCGAAUUUUGUCAGUCAUCCCAAAAUUGAGCGGUUGGUGGCGAUUGUGAUUAAGCACUUUAUGGAUCACCAGGACAAGACCGAUGCGUCCCAAGGCUUGUCUUCUACCGCUGGCGCUGGCGACCGUGCUACUCCUACACAGACGCGCGUCAUGAUAUUUGCCAAUUUUCGAGAGUCAGUCGACGAGAUCAGCAGAGUUUUGGAGAAGCACCGACCCUUGAUCAAGGUCCGGCAGUUCAUCGGACAGGCCACUGCCAAGGGCAAAAAGGGCAUUUCUCAAAAGGAGCAGCAGAAGGUUGUGGCUGACUUUCAGAAGGGAGAGUACAAUGUCCUGGUGGCGACAUCGAUUGGAGAGGAGGGCCUGGAUAUUGGAGAUGUCGACCUGAUCGUCUGUUACGACAGUCAUUCUUCGCCUAUCCGCAUGCUGCAAAGAAUGGGUCGCACAGGACGCAAGCGCGCGGGAAAGAUCUGCUUGUUACUUGCGGAGGGUCAGGAGGAGGGAAAGUACCGCAAGUCGCAGUCGACCUACAAGUCUGUGCAAAAGGCGAUCACGCAGGGCAACCAGAUCGUGUACUAUCCCGAGAAUCCCAAGAUCAUCCCCGCAGGACCACUCCCCACCUGCGAUCUCCUCAACAUCAACGUCCCCACCUACGUUAACCCUGCACUCGCCAAGAAACGUAAACGACUCGAAAACGAGACUCCUGCGCAGACGAAUCGGUUGCGUGGCGCGUAUUUGGAGCCUGACGAACAGGCGCAGUUUCUGCAGCGGUAUCGGUUGCCCAAGAAGCAGAUCCCGAAGAUUACAUUUCGCAGUGCGUGUAAGGCGAUGUUGAGGAACAAGAGGUCUACUAUGGUCCCAGACAAGACUUUUGUGGUUGGCCACUCGACUCGGACACUGGAGUAUAUCAAGAAUGUCAACCGGAUGGCCAAAGCCCGGGUCGAACAGUCGCUGAAUAGUGCCUCGAGGUCUUUGGCGUCAGACGAGCCGGACCCUUAUACCAAGCGAAUGUUGGCGCUACUCGAAAAGUCGAAGACUCUGGAUCAGGAUAUGUAUCAGGGCCAGGAUGACGACAGUGCAGGACGGUCCAGGUCGGCGAUGAAGUCCUUCUUGAGCAGGAACAAAAAGUCCGACGCCUACUCACACGAUUCGCUGGAUGAUGAUGUGAUGGAGGAUCUUGGCCGACGCAUGGGAGGCACCAAGGGUUCUUCUCGACCAGGUCGUCGUAGGAAAGUCAUACUGAGCGAUUCGGAGCUGGAGGAUCAUACGACUACCGACGAUGAUGCUGGUCGCAGCAAGACAGGAGGAGAUCAUGGCCGUCUCAAGGUAAUGCCCAAGCCUCGGCGCAAGCAGACUAUGGCGGCCGAGAAGAAGGAUUCCAUGAACGAAGGUGGAGAUCUGCCCAAACCAGAUACCAAGGCCAAGCCUACGACCGCUGCUGCUCAAGUUUCGAUCAAGUCGUUCUUUCAUACUGUCUCGGACGACGAAGUUGAUCGAGAGAUUAUGGGUGGACUCGACAACACGUUUGGGUUCCUGGAGGAUCAACAGUACAGCCGAGGACCCACCAUGUCGCCCUCGCCUUACGACAAUGACGACCAUCCCGUUCUAAUGCACGAGCCGAGAGCAAGACCACAGAAGGGGUUUGAUUUCCAGGAGCCUGCUACAUUGCCGGCACUGUGGUAUAGAGCCUCGGCCUCGGGGGAUGACGGUUCCGAGCUUGGUCAGGAUGACCUUGGCGAGGAGGAGGUGGAUGAGGUGUCCUUGGUUCUGGAGCCUGCAAUGGCGUUUGUUGUCUUUGAUAUCCCACCCGUGCCUAACGCAGGGCAGUGGUAUCAGCCUGACCAGGAGGCGCCUACUUUUACAGGCAAUCAUCAGGAUUAUUUGGCUCCAAGGACACCACAAACCACUGCGAAGGCAGCCGGCAGCAUAAGAACCGCCAAAGCACCACCGUCGCCGCAGGAGGUCGUGCUGAUCGAGAGUUCGGAUGAUGAUGUAUGGGGAAGGCAGGUUGUCGAAAAAGACGUGAGGGAGCGGUAUGAGGUACCUGGAAGCAUCAGGUCUCGAGACCAGGACACUCCCAAGGUGUCGAAUGGCCAUCAAGGAUUUGUGUCUGCAAGAACCCUAUCUGGCACCAGGUUCGCCGAGGCGGCCAAAGGGUCACCAUCUGGUAGUCAAGGAGGGAAGUCGCAGCGGUCUUCAUUUGGACAUGGACAUGGACAGGGGCAGAGUCCACGACAUAGUCAAGGUCGGACUCAGGAUCAGGGUUCGGUGCAGAGUCAGAGGAGACAAGCGGAAGUAGGACAGAGUCGAGCGGCGGCCAAGAAGGGGCAGUUGUGGGGCGAUCCGAGCAGCAGUAGCAACAAUGAGUUUGAGUUUGGGGACGACGACGAGAUCCUGCCUGAUCUCGACGACUACGACCUCUGGGAUUGA